GGAGGCAGACGCUGGUCACUGACCGGAGACUCCACCGCUUUAUUCCGCUCAAAUCAGACCGCAUGUCUGACCCACGGGUCCGCCUGCUGCCGGGAGACAACUGCACCCAUUUCCCAGAGAUCUGACAGAUGGAUGCAUCCUGUCGGAGGGGAGGAGGAUGAAAAAACGCCUCAUAUUUUUUUUUUUUGCCAGUUUCGCUCAUAGCCUAUUUAUGAGAGGCAUCAGCGGCUUGGCCCUUUCUUUAUUAUAGGGAAGCGAUCUCCGCGGUUAGCUAUGUGAAGAGCAGAUCGCCGAAUAUUUCUCAUUUCGCGAUCCUGAGGAAUAAUUAUGAACAACGCGCAAGAUAUGUCGCCCGAUUUCGUGUUGAUGCGCCUGGUUUCCGCGGCCGAGGAUGACCGCUUGGACGCAGAAAACGGGAAUCUACCGCCGGGAGGAGUGGUGGCAGGGCUGGGGAAGGAGGUCCUGGCUCACAGCGGCGUCAAACCGGGGUUGGAUAUAAGUCGAGAUCCGUCGGUAGGCCUCGAGCAUCCCAGCAGCCGCCUGAACAAAGCCCCGCCGAGCGGUGACGGCCUGGCUGCACCUGACGCCGGGGUGGCGGAGAGCCGAGCCCCGCUGUCCGCCGCUCCUCCGCCGCAGAACCCCAUGGAGGCCCCGGGCUUUGAGUUCGCCCCCAGCCCCGGCCUACGGCCUCAGCUGCUGGUCUUUUCAAAUAUAAUGCGGAACGGAGAGGGGAUUUUAGACUUAGACCGUCGGAAUCAGCCGAGGGAUGCUCUGGGGUUGGACCAGAGCCCGGGCUCCGGAUGCUCCGGCCCGGCUGUCAAUAACAACACCCUGAGUCCAGGAGACGGUCAGCAGCAGAACCUCCUGGACCAGACCUGGGGACAUUCACCGGUGUCCGUGUCCGCAGACAUGCAGGGAGCGGCGGAGCUCUGCCGCCGACACCGACUCAUUUCCACCCCGCCCGAGUGGCCCUUGUUGUCGGAGAGGUCCAACCCUCUGAUGGACCCCACAUGGGGAUGCGCCACCAGGGACAGAGACGGAGCCGUGUUCGAGCUGGCCCGGCGGUUCGGGGAGCUGGGGGUCGGUGCGGUGCCCAAAAUGUUGCUUAAAGCCGGGGAGCUCCCGCGGUGUUCGUGUCAGGGUGCACACGGGCCCGUGGGAGGGGGAGUGGAGCCCGGGGAUGACCCGACAGAGACCAGCGACGCUCUGCUGGUGCUGGAGGGGCUGGGGAGCGGGGACGUGGACGGCCUGGGUAUGGACGAGUGCCCGGAAACUGAGACGGAUGAUGAGAACGGAAGACAGGAGUUUUUACUGAAGAGGAAAAGGGAAAUAGUUCAGAAGAUGUCCGGUGCUUUCUCCAUCAGCAGUUUCCAGGCGGAGCUGAGGAGGCAGGUGGAGGGCAUGGCCCCGACGCCCACCGAGGCUGCUGCGGCGGCUCACCUUGACGCACAGGUAUGCAGCCUGCACGGCUCUGGGGAGGCACAGGUCGUCGCCUCAGCCAUGUCCCCGUCACCUACUCCGGUGCAGAACUCACCUUGGGCCACCAGCCCGAACCUGAGCCUGGCGUCGACGCCCAGGAGGCGGCCGGAGCGGUGCGCCAGUGCGCCGCGGACUCCCACAGGCCGGGGGGCGGAUAAGACCCUCAAAGUUCCAGGGAAGUCGAAAAAGGGCUCGUUAAAGAUCCGUCUGAGUAAACUGUUCCGGACUAAAAGCUGCAGCGGCUCCAAUCACCUCCUGGACAAAAGGCCCUCAGUGACCUACUCGGUAUCUUCUGCCGGGAGUCUGGUGGACAUGGCGAGCACUGGCGGAGCUGAGCAGGACGCGGACAGCCACAGCCAGGCCAGACUGACCAGGGCCCACAGUGCCUUCUCCCCUGCCUCCCUCUCUGCCUCCCUCUCUGCUUUCGCUGGUGAGACUGUUUCGCUGGUGGAUGUGGAUAUUUCACGGCGAGGGACAAACACGCCCCACCCUCCCACGCCUCCCCCUCCUCCACGUCGAAGUCUCAGUCUGUUAGAUGACAUAGCCGGGCCUCAGCCUGGGCCUUUCCUAGUGAGUGUCAUGGGAGCCUCCCUGCAGUCCCUCCCCCUGCCUCUCCCUCCUCCUCCUCCCCCCUCCCACGUCACCAUCCAGCACAGUCUCAGCCUCAAUGACGCCUUCCUUCGAGCCCUUCCUCAUUCAAACCCUUCGCCAGCUGAUGCUCCACCCCCCAUCAGACAGGCUCCGCCCCCCAUGCUGUGCGCCCUGCGGAGAUCUGAAGCCUCAAACUUCACAGCCAGUCUGAGAGAACUGGAGAAGUGUGGAUGGUACUGGGGUCCGAUGAACUGGGAGGAUGCAGAAAUGAAACUGAAGGGGAAACCAGAUGGAUCCUUCCUGGUCCGGGACAGUUCAGACCCUCGAUACAUCCUGAGCCUCAGCUUCAGGUCGCAGGGAGUCACACAUCACACACGGAUGGAACACUACCGUGGGACAUUCAGCUUAUGGUGUCACCCCAAAUUUGAGGACCGCUGCCAUUCGGUGGUCGAGUUCAUCGAGCGAGCCAUCAUGCACUCCAAGAACGGCAAAUUCCUCUACUUCCUGCGCUCCAGAGUCCCAGGGCUGCCUCCGACCCCGGUUCAGCUGCUGUAUCCUGUAUCGCGCUUCAGCAACGUCAAGUCACUGCAGCAUCUCUGUCGCUUCUGCAUCCGACAAAUAGUCCGCAUUGACCACAUCCAGGAGCUUCCACUGCCCAGACCGCUGAUCUCUUACCUGAGUAAGUUUUAUUACUAUGACCCCGAGGAGGAGAUGUACCUGUCAGUCAAGCGCAUACGGGCGGUGGUGGGACCAGAGCAGGAGGCGGAGUCACAGACGUAGCACCAGAGAUCCUCCUAACUCCAGUUUCUGUAUGGAGGACUGAUCUCUAGUGGUCUGCCAGGCCUCCAGCAUCAGCCAAUCAGAGUCCCUGGAAAUCUCUAUGUCCAGUUGGAUUGGGACGGAUCUGCUUCCUGUUGAUUUGGACUAAUAAACGAGGAAUAUAUGAAGUUGAUGAAGUUGGAUGAAACUGUCAAACAAGACGAGGGGUGCAGAUGCAGAGGACUCAGCCUGGUCUGAGGGGGGUCUGCAGAGAUACUGCACCUGCAGAUGUGGAUUACAAUGUGAACUCAUUUGGAGAGUUUCCCGAACCUGCUGACCUGGACUUUUAAAACACAAUGCACUGGUUGAUUUGUACAACUUCUGUCAUUUGCUGCCGUCUCCUUGUUUUUCCUCCCAUUCUGUCAAAAUGAGGGUUGUUGAUUAAAAGACAUUGUCGGGGUAGAUAAACUCACGGAGGCAGUGCGACAGUGGUUAUUGUGGUGUUUUUUUUCAGUUGUUAGGUUGGUUAUCCUAGCUCUGGUUUCCCAGUAUCACAAAGCUGGCUCAGCUGUAACAGAGGAAAUCAAUACUCGACUCAUUUCAAACUUCAGUGACUCAGCAGAACUGUAAAAACAGAGUCAUCCUCAAUUAAUGGUGUGAUGGUUUACAACAUUAUAUACAAAAUAGAGGGUAUAGCUGCCACUGAAUGCAUUCAUCAAUAUCUGACCAUUUUUAUUUCCUUCUUUGAUGGCUGCAAAACAACAUAAAGCAAUUUACAAUGACAAAUGGAAGUGAAAAAUCAGUACUCGGUUGUUUUCAUCAGAAAAAUAAUCCAUGCAGUUUCAUUUUACCCAUAAGCAUAAAGGCAGAGUUUAGGAUCAGACUCCACUCCUCUGUUGUCAGGCAAUACAAAUAGUCUGACAUUAUCAUUUGUUACCCUAAAGAUUGCUGUUUCACCAGUGUUAGCUGCAACUGUAGCAAGUAUCUAACUCUCUCUGUCCUCAUUCAUAUUUUAUUUUAAAAAAUGUUGUUUUUUGUUAAAAAUCCUAAGCAGCAACAAAACGGCCUGAAAAGCUAAGUAUAUACAGAGGUGAUGUCCUGCCCUUCCUCACGCAACCUAAUGGGACGCUACAUUGAAAAAAUAUGUGCAUUAGUCAAAGUAUUCAAGAGGACAAUAAUGAAUCAUGCCAUCAAUUACACAUCUGUUUUUCAAUUUAAAACAUAAUUCUUCACAGUUUAUUUUAAAACUGUCACACUAAUUAGAAAUACUCAACAGCUAAAAGUCUCAUAAACAAUGCUGUCCUAACAUUGUGUCUCCAUAAGCUGUUCAGUGUUGCUAAAUAUGUUUCUGCAGCUUCAACAGGACCAGGCUUGUAAUGAUUUUCACCUUUUCUAUACUUUUUUAUCGUUCUUGAAGAAGGAGGUGAUGGUUGUUUUGGUGAAAAUACAGUUCCCUGAGUUGUGUCACACAGAAGUAAAUGAUACAAAAGACAUCUUUCUUGCUCUUAUAAAAUGAUCUUUUCAAGCUACAGGAGCUGAAAUCAGUGGGGAAAAACACAUAAAACACCAUAAUUUGAGAGUAUUUUGUCUGCAGCUCUCUCCUCUCAGUCCAAAUCCAAAUGCAGAUGAACCUGACGUUUCCUGCUGUUAUGGUAAAGUGAAUCGUCUUUGCAUCUGACAAAAUCUGGACAGUGAUUGGUGAUUAUAGCUGUCAAUCAAUAGACCCUUUUCCACCAACAUUCCCAGGAACUUUCAUUACCUGGAAUUUAUUUACCUGGUAAAUUAAUUCCUGAUAACCUGUGUGGUUUGUGUUUCUAUUGUAAGUCAUUUCAAUACGCCUGCUCGAACUCUCCAACUCUAUUUCUUUUGAGUGUAUUCAGCAAAAAGGUUUGACAAGGUCCAAGUUUAUUAUCCAGAGGGUAUUCAGAUGUACAGACAGAUUAUUGAAACGCACUUGUAGGAGUGAGCUCAAUAUACUCAAAACUCAAAGUGAAGAAAUAGGAUAAACAAGUUUGCAGCCGCCAUUGGAUUCAACAUUGUGAGUGAAUGUAAGUGCGCUGCAAGUGUGUUCCACCAAUUUGAGAAGUCCCACCCCCCUACCACGAACUUUUUUCAAGGAAUGUUUGGGGUCGAAGGAAAUUUUGUUCCCCAGCGUAAUGGGAAGGUUUUUCAAAAUCCCAUGUAAAUUACAUUUCCUGGUGAAGUUCCUGUGGUGGAAAAGAGGAUAGUCAUGUAUUGAACCUCCCUAUCUGACUAGAAAGGCCUGUGAUUGGACAGAAUCAUAUGGUUACAGUCAGGGUCUCAUGUCAUCCCUGACCACUUUAAUUCCAAAAUGCUACAAUGUCAAUAUUACAUCACAGAAACAUAUAAGUCUAACUAAUGGAAUACUUCCAAUUAGAUCAAAAAAUUAUUUCUGUCAUUACUGAGGUCAUACUGUGUUUCUCCCAAAGUCAAGAGUCUCUCUGGGGCAGGACUUUACUUUUCUAUUGGUGUAAACUGACUAACAUUCAGCACUUUUGUCUGACAUUUUAGACACAUGAAAGUACCAGGUUGUCUCUUGUGAAUCUUUUGACAGGGUUUACGAGGUUCUUUCUAGAACCUCAGUUUGGUUUGUCUAGUGUCAGCUACUGUUGAAACAAGUUGCUGCAUAAUAGCGGGAAGAUAUAAUCAGAAUCAGAAUAUUUUAUUAAUCCCAUGGGGAAAUUGUAGGUUAAAGUUGCUCCAUUCUAGCAGGAAAAGAACAGCAAUUUGUACAAUAUGUACCAGAUAAUAUAUUAUCAAUAUGAUAAUUAAAAGAAAAUGACUUAUUCUAAGAUUUUUUUUUUAAAGCAAUGGUUUGUAAUUAUGGGAUAUUACACACUAAUGAAAGCAUAAUUCUGAUUUUCUACUUCUGUUUAUAGAUCUGGUCAAGGUAGUUUUAAAUGCAAUUUGGUAAAAUUUCAGAAAUAAUGUGAGAACUUUCUAAGAUCCCUGAGGCACAUAUCACAUGAAUACAGAGGAGCUGAGAGCUGACAGUUUGCCUGCCCCAAAUGUAGUCAGUAGUAUCAUAAAAUGCAGAAUUUACCUGCUAACAAAGACAACAAAGACAGAAUGGCCCAUAAUUCUAAAAAAAAAAAAAGUUCAAUUAAUAGCUGGUUAUAAAGGUUGACAUCUUGCUUUUUUUCUGCAAAUGGUCAGAUGAUGGGGGUUUGACAAAUUAGGGAGGAGAAUGUAGUGACUGAAUGCAGAUGUGAAUGCUAUCAUCCCCAAACAUCUGC